AAAUCAUCGAAAUUAAAAUUGACAGAAGUCGACUGUCGAUGACUGAGUAGAUUUCGUACAUUACCUUUGUGAAAUUCAAGAUUUAAGAUAUUUUUGAACGAAAAUGGGACAAAGUCAGUCAGGGCCAGGUGGUGGUGAUAAGAAAGAAGAGAAAGACAAGAAGAAAAAAUAUGAGCCUCCAAUUCCUACUAGAGUUGGCAAAAAGAAGCGCCGCACUAAAGGACCAGACACUGCUCUCAAGUUACCUGCAGUGACACCUCAUACAAGAUGCCGCUUGAAAUUACUUAAACUGGAACGUAUAAAGGAUUACUUGCUUAUGGAGGAGGAAUUCAUUCGUAAUCAAGAAAGACUUAAGCCACAGGAAGAGAAAAAUGAGGAGGAAAGAUCUAAAGUUGAUGAUCUUAGAGGAACUCCAAUGUCUGUGGGUACAUUAGAAGAGAUUAUUGACGACAACCAUGCCAUCGUAUCCACUUCAGUAGGUAGUGAACACUAUGUCAGUAUUCUAUCCUUUGUUGACAAAGAUCAACUAGAGCCUGGAUGCUCUGUGCUUCUUAACCAUAAAGUACACGCAGUCGUUGGAGUCCUAGGAGAUGACACCGAUCCCAUGGUUACUGUGAUGAAGCUAGAAAAGGCGCCUCAAGAAACAUACGCCGAUAUUGGUGGCCUAGAUACUCAGAUUCAAGAGAUAAAAGAAUCCGUUGAAUUGCCUCUCACCCAUCCAGAGUAUUACGAGGAGAUGGGUAUUAAGCCACCCAAGGGUGUCAUAUUGUAUGGCCCACCUGGUACCGGAAAGACCCUUCUUGCUAAAGCUGUGGCUAAUCAAACAUCGGCCACGUUUUUGCGAGUCGUGGGUUCUGAACUUAUUCAGAAAUAUUUGGGAGACGGACCUAAAUUAGUCAGAGAACUAUUCAGAGUAGCUGAGGAACAUGCCCCUUCAAUAGUGUUCAUUGAUGAAAUUGAUGCAGUAGGAACAAAACGAUACGACUCAAAUUCAGGUGGUGAACGUGAGAUUCAAAGGACUAUGUUGGAAUUGCUGAAUCAGUUAGAUGGGUUUGAUUCCAGAGGAGAUGUUAAGGUUAUUAUGGCGACAAAUCGUAUUGAAACACUGGAUCCUGCUUUAAUUCGGCCUGGGCGUAUCGACAGAAAAAUUGAAUUCCCGUUACCAGAUGAAAAAACAAAGAAGCGUAUCUUCAACAUUCAUACAUCUAGAAUGACCUUAGCCGAAGAUGUAAAUUUACAGGAGCUUAUUAUGGCGAAAGAUGACUUAUCUGGUGCCGAUAUUAAGGCAAUCUGUACAGAGGCCGGUCUUAUGGCAUUGAGAGAGAGAAGAAUGAAGGUUAUGAAUGAAGAUUUUAAGAAGUCGAAAGAAAGUGUGCUUUAUCGAAAGAAAGAAGGCACACCCGAAGGGCUUUAUCUUUAGAUUUGUUUUUUGUAAUCCUAAUAAAUAAUAGUUUACAUUUUUUAUUUGAUAAUAUAAAUUAAACCUUUUA